CAGCAGUCUCCAAGUCCCUCUCGUCUCUCCACCACUCAGGACUCAGCGCAACCCGAGUUUCUUUGGUACCAGAGCUACCCGACCAAACCAUCGUGGCCAGUCUUGAACAAUUUCAGGGCUGUCGACCGACACAAUGCCAGAGCGCUGGCCGGCGCGAACGGCCCAGAAACACCCAGCAAAGUCCAGACCAGCCUCGCCAUGCCGAAGCGCAUGCACCACCAAGAGCUGGCAUGCGGCCUUGGGGCCUGGAUUGCGAUAGAAGCAUCGGCUUUCAUCCAGGUGGUGUUCGCCAACCAUCUUGGCUGGCUUCCUUGCUCAUCGCUAUCGCAGGCAACUCGCAUAUGAGACAAGCAAUUGUCACGACGGUUAACCUGACCGGGCGGCCGUAUUACUCAAGUAAGCACGAAUCCUCUUCAACAUGUUUGCUGCACCUGCGGGACCUUGCCGAGUUACGGAUACGGAUGCCCGGCUUGGCAGUCUUGGGCCCUUUUCAGCCCGCCCAAACUGCGCCCGCAUCCUGCGCCCUGCAGGGUGGGCCUCAAAUCAUCAGAGCUCUAGGUUGCGUGCAGGACCCUUCGAUGCCUAGUCGGAAUGUUCUAGGGCCCAAAGGUGGUCAACGCAGAGCCUUAGGCAUAUUGUUCUCUUUGGGACGGGAUACAUGUUUGCAUCAUUUGUCCAGGUUCUGUUGCUGGAGGAUCGAGCAGCGAGACAAUCCUCCCGACAAUCCUCCCGUCCGGCCUUGGCCAUGCUAUUAAGGUAAUAACGGAAUAACGGAGGUGCGUUGCAACGGAGACCUCGGUCCGUUUUCUCAGUCCUACACGGCGCACCGGGGAAAGACCUUGGC